CUCACCACACACUAAGAUGCUACUUAUAAAAUCAGGAUUUAUGAGCACAUGACUUGAAAUAACCUGUUUGCGCUCAGAUUGGCACAGAUCUCUGGCAGAUUGUGCAAUAAUUAAAAGCCAGAGUUCAGUACCCAGUGUCAGUCUGUGUGAAAGUUUAUCCCUCUUGCUCAUCUGUCUAGUGCUCAGAUUUUUGUUUUGGAUUUACAGCAACCAGUCUAUGCAGCAGCUUCCAUCCCCUGGAACUGUCCCUCAUUGAGGAACAACGGAGAUCACGCUGUCCCAGAGCUGAACAUUCCUGAGACUGAUUUGGCCGGACCUGUGUUGGUGAGGGGAAGAGAUGGACCUGGACAGUGACGCCCCAGGGCUACACAGAGUCACCUAGCGUGUGCAGGAGCUGGGAAAAAUUUGGAGGGGUUUUCUGCGCCCAGGGGCAGCGCACUGGUACAGCAAAUUCUGUUAUGUUCCUACGGGCUCCCCCUCUUCCCUACGCGGAUGAUCCUCUUCUUCCCGCCUGGCUCUACGACCCUCAGCCCCAGGUUGUCAUCAAUGUGACCAGCGACGCCAACACCGCUGGUGACUCCUGUUCCAUCCAGCCGCCACCAGCCCGCUUCGACCCACUGCGCACUUCACUUGUUUGUGAACAGCCCGGAUCUGGCGUGUUCAAAAGGGGGGAGUGUGGAAGUAAAAUUGGACAUUGGUAGGACCGGGAGGGAGGCAUAUUGGGUCUGUUAUGUCUUAGGCCUUAGGCAAGUAGAGAUUGGUCACAAACCAAUCAGGACUUAGAAGUCCUUAUUGGGAAUUGGGAGUUAUGGUUUAUCAACUGGUUGCUCUGUGUGCUCUAUGUGACGUGGUACAAAUUGCGAGAGUGUGACGGGAGCGCUUUGCUGGAUGGCUGGAAUGUCCUUUACUCACCAAACUGAGACGUCCAGACUUUUAUUGUAAGUGAUUCUUUGUGUUAUCAGAGAGGUUGAUUUAUAAUUUUUCUACCACAGAACGUUUUGCUGGGCCGAGCCCAGCUACCCACACUUAGCUACAUAGCUACUUACACUGAAAGCCUGGUGUUUGUUUAACACAGGGCAUGUCGGUCAGAUAAAACGCCAUUUCAAAGAAAAGGCAUUGGUGUUGUUUAUUUUGACACGCUAACUAAACAGAGUGAGGUGUGCAGAUAAUGAGUCUGAGAAGCCUUCAAAGGAAACGAUGACCUCUUAAUGACUUAAAAAAACCCAGCCAUUUCAGGUGGCAUGUUGCUGGGUGCAUAGGCAUCUAUAUGGUUAUGCAAUAAAGUGAGAUAAGUGCAGAGUACAAUGUGAAAUGCCUGCACACUGUUAUUUACACCUCAUCUGACAGAGAGAGUCUCAGCCUGUUUGCACACUUUUCCAACACUGAAAUGGAAAAUUACGAAGAAAUCACGUCGUUUUUAGGGGAGUGGGGGCGCUUCCAGAUGUGCGUCUUCUUUCUGCUGAGUCUAACCUUCAUCCCUCAGGGUUACUUGAGCUUGUCGGUGGUAUUUCUGGCUGCCACGCCGCAACACCACUGCGAGGUGUCCUCCACAUACGGCGAGAACAUCAGCGACUACAUCCCGCACGAAGGGACGAGCAGGGACCGGGUACUCAGCAGGUGCAGGCGAUACAAGCACCUCAAUCGGACCGCGGCCGGCUGGGCAAACGAAACGGAGGGAUGCCUGGACGGAUGGAGGUUCAGCGCCGACACGUACAAGUCCACCAUCGUGACGGAGUGGAGCUUGGUGUGCGAAGAUUCGUGGAAAGUGCCUUUCGCCACCUCUCUAUCAUUUUUUGGGGUAGUGGCAGGGUUGCUGAUAUCUGGGCCGAUCUCUGACAGGUUUGGCCGGAAGCUGGUUUUUUUUGUCAGUCUGGUGCUGCAGAACACAUUUGCAGUGCUUCAGGCGCUCUCUAGCAGCUGGGAGUGGUACUGCACCUUCUACUUCUUUGUUGGAAUGGCAUGCACCUCCAGCUACAUGUCUGCCUUCAUUCUUGGUUCCGAGCUGCUCGGUAAGUCCACCCGAGUUUUGUUCUCUUCCCUGGGGGUCUGCAUCUGCUACGCUCUCGGCUACACCUGUCUCCCCAUCUUUGCCUACUUGAUUCGGGACUGGCGGAUGCUGCAGAUGGCCCUGUCGGUUCCUGGGUUCUUCUGCAUUCCACUGUGGUGGCUCAUCCCGGAGUCCCCUCGCUGGCUGCUCUCUCGUGGUCACGUGGAGGAGGCUGUAGCCAUCAUCCAAGCCAUCGGCAAGAAAAAUGGUGUCAGCGCUCCAGAGGUUAUCUUCAAGACGGAAGAUUGCUCUCAGCCGCUGAGAAAAACAGAGCCUCAGAGGGUGUACACCAUUAUCGACCUCAUCAGGACAGCUAAUAUCAGGAACAUCACUAUCCUGAACACCAUUGUUUGGAUUGUCACGUCCAUGACCUACUACGGCCUUUCCCUGAACACCCCCAACAUGGGUGGGGACCCCUACCUGAACUGCUUCAUCUCCGCCGUGUCAGAGAUCGUGGCCUACGUGGCCACGUGGUUCUUCAUGAGAUACACCGCCCGCCGCUUCACCCUCAUCUUCCUCUUCCUGUUGUCGGGGGUGACGCUUCUCAUCAUCAAAUUCGUCCCUGAUGAGCUGGACGCAGUGGUGCUGGUUCUGGUCAUGGUGGGUAAGGGGGGCAUCACUGCAGCCUACUGCUUCAUCUACGUCUACUCCACGGAGAUGUUCCCCACUGUACUGCGGAACACAGGCGUUGGCUUCAUCUCCACCGCCGGACACACUGCCAGUAUCCUGUCCCCUUACGUCGCCUACAUCGGAGAUUACAACAAGGUCGCCCCAUACAUCCUGAUGGGCAGCGUCACCGUCUCGGUGGCCUUCCUGAGUCUGCUGCUUCCCGAAACCAAAGACAGUGAGCUUCCAGAGCUCAUCAGCCAAGUCAAACCCAUCAUGUGGUGCGGUUCAGAAAGUCGCCCGUCGUGUUUCCAUAAGCAGACUUUAUUGAGCAAAUGUGUAUCAGAAGACUCAGACAGCUGUUGGACAGAGAUCCCGAAGCUGGAGACUGGAGUGGUCGAGACAGGCCGAGAUGACAGCAAGUCACAUGACUAAAUGUCACGGGUCCAGAACAGCCGCUGGAAUGAUGCUGACAAUCAAUAUUAUUCCUAUGGACUGGAGACUAGCUUUUGUGUCUUAGUUCUGGUCUGUUCCAUUUUUCCUGUCUUACGUCUCACCAGAGCCUGGUUUUGGUUGUCUGUCAUAGUGAUGGUUCAGUCUGUCCAGUCUCAGUGUCUGUUGACUCAUCCAGAUCAGGCCAAUCCCUUCGUACUGGAGAGCCAUAAAAGCUGAGCAUCUUCGAGGAGAAAUUCGGUGCCGAAUGACACCGAGUUCCUGAAUUUACAACAUCGCCGGAGCAAUUCUUACGGACAUUAUUAACAAAAUGUUAUUUUUUUUACCACAGACCUGGUAAAAACUUAUUUAAAAACUUACCUUUAAUAUUUUUUUUUCCAUAAUCAGAACCUUUUGCCACAAACACAUUUAUCCAUGUAUGGACAGGGUCAGGAUUGCUGAGCAGCACUCAUGGAGAUGCAUGCCUGGCUCAUAACACGUGGCUAUGCGAGAGUCACGCUUGCAGGACUUAGUCAUAUCUAUCGACCCUGGUGUGGCAUUUAGAACAUUCUGGAACUCACCAUUACAUACUCUGGAUGGGCCUUUCUCCUGAAGGUCCUGUUGCUCAUCAUCUCCUAACCCACUGCAAACAGUCAAUAAAUUCUUCAGUCAGAACUUCUCAUCUAUGUAUGACUGCAAAUGGCCAGCAGAGGGAGCUGUCUGGGAUGAAUAAAUAAAUAAAUAAGUGAAAACUCACACUCAAAUAUAGACCAGGGCUACAAGGUGUCGGGAAUUUGGCUACAGCCACGCAUUUUAAAUAUUAACUCACCUGUUUUCUGGACUGCCUGGAGCGUAACCACCACAUUGUGGCAAAUUAAAGAGUUUAGCGCCCUUUGCGUUAAUUUGCAUGGGGACCAAGUUGAGCAGGAUGUAAUUGUGAGCCAAAAGCUGUGUUAAAUGCCAUGCAGAUUCAUCAACCAAUCAGAAAGGCUACCAGCCUUAACUCAUUUUAUGGAUAAUUCUGUUAAGUGGAAAAACACUUCUACCCUACCAACAAAAUUAUAAUACCAACAAUAAACAAAAUCAGCCCAGUA